AAGAGUUGUUUUUGUGGUAUAGAAUUGAUCAUCACUUUGUUUAUGUAUGUGAAGAUGUUUGGGAUUUAAUCUAAGGGCCACUGUUGCCACAGACUUACCACUGGCCACUGUCCCAAAGCUGAACCUUGGUCUUAUAAGAUGCAGGCUCAUUUUCUGAGACUUUUUUGGGGGAGAAAAAAGGUGCGUUUUAUGUCAUCAAAAACAAUAUUUUGCUCAUUCGUAGAUAUCAUUUGCAAGACUUCCAAAAUAAUGUUAAUGAUUGCAUACAUAUUUUAAACAUUUGCAACAUGCAUUCUGGAGCCAGUUCCCACCCAGUCCUUCUCACCACCUCUCCCACCACACUGCUCUUCUCCACUCAGUGUUAUUACUCCACAUCCACAGGCCAUCACUAGCAGACCUCUUGGGUGGUUUCCAAGACCCCAGCUUGGCUUUCAAGACACUUAAGCAUACCAGGGUCUUCCUCCAGCAGCUCACCAGAAUAUAACUGGAUAACUUUCCUGCUGCCAGCACCUCCAGGCCUCUAGAGGUUGUGGCACCACAGCCUGCACAGCCCCUCAAAUCCCCAACAAGAACAAGAACACAACAGGGUAGUGGGAGUGAUGGCUUCAAGACACACUGCCACUGUACAGGGCAGCUGUUACUCUUGUAAAUCAUGUGCUGCUUACAAGACUGUGCCUAAAAAUCUGAGAGGAAAAAGUAAAAGCUCACAGGACUGGUUGACGAGACAGCUAAAUGACCCUUAUGUGAAGUUGACCAAGCAACAUCAGCGCAGGCAUUGUCCAUGAUGCUUCCUGUGUUGUGGUUCCAUCAUGGCAGGCAUGGAAGUGCCUCUCACUGCAUCACCGCCUCAUGAUCAUUGAGAGCAUGGACACAGACACUGAGGCCCUAGUGGGUACGUGGACCUCCUCAAUGGACAGAUGGACAGAGGCUGGUGUGCUGGCUACAUGUAUCAGGAGCAAAUCUCAACCUUCUUCUCUGUUGUGGCAACAGGGAUGACAUAUGAGAUGGCCAUGACCAGCAUGCCCCUUCAGGUGCUGCGUCUGCACCUGCCACACAGUCCAUCCUCUGAGGCUGUUGUCCUGCUCAUCUUCCCAAAGCCUCAGCGUUAUGACACCUAUGUGGAUGGUGUCUUUGUUCCCCCAGCCAACCUCAACACCUCUGCAGCCGGCUACAAGCUGUUGCCUGAGAACCCCACCCAUCCUCAGGCUUUCCUUCCCAUGUUGGACAAUGUAAGGGAUGGCUGUGUGCUGUGUUGUGUUGUGUUGUGUUGUGUUUGGAAUGUAAGGAAUGACUGUGUGUUGUGUUGUGUAGGGAAUAUAAGGAAUGGCUGUGUGUUGUUUUGUGUUGUUUGAGGCACUGGAGCUCUGUACUUUGCCCUGUCAGUUUGGGGCAAAGGACCAACUGCUCUGCCUUGUCUCUUCCUGCUGGUAACAGAACAACCACUCAGCCUUGCCUCUCCCUGUCAGUUUUGUCAUGCCUCCCUAUCUGUUUAGUUUUGUCAUGCCUCUCACUGUCAGUUUUGUUAUGCCUUUCUCAAUUUUGUCAUGUCCCCAUGUCAGUUUUGUUGUGCCUCCCUGUCAGUUUUGUCAUGCCUCCCUCUCAGUCUUGUCAUGUCUCUCCAUGUCAGUUUUGUCAGGCCUCCCUGUCAGUCUUGUCAUGUCUCUCCCUGUUAGUUUUGUCAUAGCUCUCCCUGAUAGUUUUAGGCAAGGGAAACACUAUUAUGCCAUG